AUGGCUACCGCGCGCCUCCCUGUCCUCAGGGUAGACACCUACGAGGAUGCCUUACCUAUUGUCUUGAUCCCACCUUCCGACGAUGCCCCCACUGCCUCGCCCCGCGCCGGCACACCCUCGGAGGCCGAGGCAAAGAUGCUGAGGGCGCGGAACCGCUCGCCCAAAUCACCUGCCUUGCAUCCGAUCCGAUCUAUGCAGGAGGCGUUCAACGAGUCUUUAAUAGAAGCUACCAAGGAUGCGUCACUGAAUAAGCCGAAACUUCGACACCUCGAUGCAAAAGCCCGACGAGAGCACCUAAUUGCCCAGGAAAAGGGCGAGGAGUUGUAUGGCAUGCGUUGGCGGUACCGACCGGGUCAGACACAGCAUGAGCUAUGCAAGCUCAUGUCCCAGAUUUCAUUUGGCAUGAACUUGCUUUUGACUGGCAAGGCAAACAGCGACGACCAGGUCGUGUCAAUUAUCCAGGGCCACAUUGACGAGAUCGACGAAUUCCUAGACGUCGCCCUCGAGGAUUUCCAGCAGGCCACCGCGGACCUCACUGAACGAAUAAAAUAUUUGCGGCUCCCCCUGGAGCAUCUCGACGUUUUCGAGAAGCUCCUAGAGGACCGAAACUACCGUGCAGAGCUCCUCCAUAACAACGAGAAUAUCGAUCACAUCCUUAGCCGGACUAUGUCGAUGUUGACGCAAUACGAAUCUGAUUUUGCCAAGGGUCUUCGCUCAACCAAGGACUUCAUUACCUAUCUUGCCGAGCAACGAGACAGCCCUCGACGGACUCAGUACCCCGAUAUUGAUGAUAUCUAUAAGGCGAUGAAGGGCAACACCGACGGUUGGCGCAUUGCAUUCUUGGACCUGCAGCAGCAAGGCAUCAACCUGGAUGGUCUCUCGACCAAGCUUUCGACAAUGGUUGCCACAAUCCAAAGCAAGGCUGGAGAGGUCAGUCGACGGACGUGGACCAAGAUUGAACCCUUUAGCCUUCCUCGUGUCAACAGCAUACGCGCGAGCCAGCAAACAUCGCCGGCAUCGAGCACCUCUCCAUCCGUCAUGUCUACCAGAAGCCCUACGUCAUCUAAUAGCAUAAGCGAAUCGAUCACGCCAACCCACGCACCGCUCGAUGCCAUCCGCUUCAACCGACUCACGAUCAGCGCCGCGCUCGGACCUGCGCUCGAGAACCCCUUUGAGGAUCUCAAAUUCAUUACUCACCAAGACAACGACGCGAUUGCGGACAACUUGGUCCCUGAUGAUGGUGAUGUAACGGUAGAUCAUGGAGAAGAUAUUUUGAGCAUCAGCCUCGGUGAGGCGCGAGGUGCCGCAACCAACGACCACGGGGGCGUGCAUGACCGGGACCAAGAUCUUGGGGUGCAGAGCGAGGUUGGGGUUCACAUGUACCAAACGGUGGAGGGUAUGACCGGGCAGGAGUCGGCUAAAGGUGUCAAGAAUGAGCCUCUGCUCUGCGAAAUCGAAGAGGAGCAGGAAGGCGUAGAGGAGGAGGUGAGGGCAGAGGUGAAGGAGGAGACAAAGGACGAUGCGUAUGGCGAUCUUUACCUUUUGCAGCCUCGAACAUAUACGCCCAGGCUGCCGGCACCACUUCCAUCUCCAGCGGUCAAAGAGUAUAAGCCACCGCCACAACCUUCCUCCAUCCCCGAUUUCCCCAAACGGUCAUCUCUUCGCCAGAGGGUCUCACUCAAAGGCAACGCGCCGCCGGAGUCGAUCAAGAUCCCCGCCCAUGCGAUCCACGCCGCAACUCCGACCAUCGCCAAACCUAGCAACCCUGCCGGAUUCGGCCUAUGGAUCGGACAAUGA